AUUUUAAAAAUGCGACGCAUCCUCGCCAAAACAGCCCUCCUGGCUGUCCUCGCAGCAGGCAAAGACCCGCCGAUCCCGCCCUGGAUGCGGGCCAUCCUGGACAGCCGACCCAACUUCAGGGGCAGCGUGCACCGCUCGCAGUACCCGGAGGACCUGGAGCUCAAGGCCGCCGGCGCGCUGCUGGCGAAGCCGCCCAUCCGCAAUCCGGUGGUCGUGGCCAUGACGACGACGCCGACGCGCGUGGCCGCGUGCGAGCCGGCCGUCCGCAGCCUGCUGAACCAGUCGCAGCCUGCUUUGAUAAUCGUGAGCAUCCCAGACGCGCGCGGCGGCGUCCUCCUCCAUAAACUGUGGCACCUGUUCGCAAUCGCGUCGACGGCCUUGAGAUGAAACGACGCGACGCAGACUGGCGCUAGAGAAACGUAGAAGCCCUCCUCCUAUCAAACGUACUACCGGGUCGCGUCGAUGGCGUACAAGGGGGUACCGCGUCGCGUCGGACUGCAUUGCCACGGGCCAAGGACCCUGCACCGGCACAAGUGCGACGGGGAUGGACGCCAAACGACGGAGCAAACGCAACGCUCGCAGGUCUACAACAAGCGCCGCAGCCACUGGAACGGCAAGCGCAUCGAGCCGCCGCCGUGGCUCGCGCGGCUGGACGCCGCGGCGCGAUCAACAAAGGGGCCCUGCGCGCCGUGCGUCGUCGUCGCGCACCCCGCGCGCGACUACGGCCCCGCGACGAAGCUAGUGGGCGCGGUCAGUGACCGGCGUGGGAAAUGAGCUUGUGAUCGCGGCGAUGGCGUAUAGUUUCGCGACGACGUCCGUUCAACACAGGUCGAGGCGCUGCGGCGCGACCCGGAGCUCCUGGAGAAGGCGGGCGGCGACCGCGAAGAUGCGGUCGUCGUGGCGGCCGACGACGACCACGAGUGGGAGCCCUUCGCGCUGGCGACGCUGCUGCACGUCGGCUUCUCGUCGUCGUCUGCACCGGUCGGCUACGACGCGGCGAAGACCGUGUGGACCUACUACUCGUACCCGUUCCCGCGCGGCCGGCCCGUCACGGACGCCGUCUGCGUCGCCCAGGCCGGCGACAUGCUCGCGGCGCCCUUGUCGUUGUUCGCCGAGCUCGAGCGGUGGGGCCGCGAGCUGCUCCCGGGCGGCGGGCUGCCGAGCUGCUUCUUCGUCGACGACCUCUUCUUCGCGGCGUACGCGGCGUACCACCGCUCGACCGUCUACACGCACCCGUGGCGGCGCUGGCUCUUCCGCGAGGCGCGUCGGCCGCGUCCGAUCUCGCCUUUUCGCUCGCGUCGAUGGCGUCGACGCCUCGACGCCGUCGCCGCGCGACCGUCGGAGGGUCUACGCGUCUCACGGCGUCGUUCAACGCAGUCGAAGCGGCGGCAGCGGACGGGCGAGCCCGCGUUCAAACCCUGCGCGCAGGGCGGCUGCUCGCCGAAGACGAUGCAGCUGCGCUACCCCGACGGCCUCGCGAUGGGCGGCGUGCGCGAGCGGCACUCGCAAAACUGCCGGAGCGAGCUCGAGGCGCUCGGCUGGUGGACGCGCGGCGCCGAGGGGAACCCGUGCUUGCUCGGGGAUUUUGUGAGCGCCUAGGUGUCGCGCCGAUGGCGUGGAGGGGGCGUGAAUCCGCCCUGGUUGGUAAUUUAUGUAGUACGUGUCA